UGCACGGUCGCGGUUUGCCAUUUCUUUCUCAUCAUCGACGUGGACUCUGUGCUCUUUGAGGGCAGAGACGAUUUCGCGCUUAUUGACGUGUGGUGUUCCCUCCGGGCACUUUGUUUUCUUGGUCGUUGUGCUUCCGUUGAGGUCGAAUCUUUAGACUCUUGUUGUUGCGCAGCUUUCUUGGGUUUGAUGAUUUUACUGUGUUGGUGUGGAAAGUGCUCUUCUGUUUUUUAGUUAUUCCCAUAUCUUUUGUAUACACAUACUUGUACAUGUUCCUAUGGGAUCGAUCAUCAUUGAAAUAGUCCGACAGUCGUCUCAGUGGUACCAGUUUGAAAUAGCAUAAAGUGAAAUAUUAAAAAAAUAUUUCAAGUACCAUGGCGAAGUGUAUUGAAACAGAUUGUUCACAAGUGUAAGUGAGAACAUGUCAUUCCUCAGGCCAUUGUACUGAAAAUUUCUACCGUUUUUGUUUUUACUUACAUAUAAAUUUGCCAUAUUGUCUUGAAUUGAAAUUUUAUAAGUGAAUUGUUCAUCUACCGAAGAUAAUCCAAACAAAUAAAAAUAAAUAUAUAUAAAAACGCAGUUAAAUUGAAUAAAAAACAAUUUACGCUAUCUUGGCUGCAAAAAGAUCCUCUCGGUUGGUAAUUGUAUGCCAGAGUGAAAUGAUGUCUGCUUAUACGAGUAUGAAGAAGUUGCAGCCGUUUAAUAGUUAAUUUUACAGAGUAUGCUGCAUGGUGUGUUGGCGAAAAUAAUAUUACAUCGACUAGAAAUAGUAUAAAAUUUCAAAAACAUCUGGUAGGAAUAAAUGAUUUCGUGUUUACAAGAGAAGGUCAGUUUGAAGCAUUGAAUGAUAAUUUCUCGAAUGCGUCGAUGUGUAAAGAAAUCCCAUCAGGAUUUGUAAAAAUCAAUAAUCUUGAAUAUCCGAAGUAAUUGCAAGUAAAAGCAAUUGUGAUUCUUGGUAUGUUAGUUAUCUCAUAUACAACAACGCAUUCACAUAAGUUAAACCGUAGUUAGUAUGCCCAGAAAAAGAAAGAGCUGUGUGUGAAUGUGCUAGUGUUACCAAUCAGCUAGUGUAACCAUUCAAGUUUGUUGGAUCCAGCGAUCCUCUUGUACUGUAUAGAUCACCGUUUUCUUGGACCUCCCGCUUCAUUGAAGCUGGCUGCGAAUUGAAACUGUUGCUGCUGCUGCUGCUGCUAGUUGCAAUCGGUGCCACGCUGACGAUUCUGCAUCUCGCAAUGAUUUUUGCAUAUCAUAUGAUUUUUGCAUAUUUUGCAAGGCGAUCUCAUCAGAUUACGACAAUAUGUGCCCAUAAGUAGUGCACAGAAAAAUAAAACAAGGUCGCGACACCAGAAUGAUUCAAACCAGGUAACGUAAAACAACUUAAUAUGUCGCACUCACAGCGACGUGGGGCACCUGUGGAGUGUCCACUAGCAUCGCUAGGACGUAACACACCUUCAAUGGAUGCACUCCAGUAUCAUCACCCACUGAGUUCCAGUCCUCUCGAUCCGCAAGCAUACCAAAUGUCUCGAAAGACCCCAAUCUUGGGAAUUGAUCCGGAUAUUUACACUGGAACAAACAUUGUGAACAAUCAUUCGAAUAAUAAAGGGUGCAAAAGCGACGCAGCUCAAGAAAACGGGAAUUUGCUUUCCAUUAGUUCUCCAUCGUCGCUUGAUCAAAGCGCUUCGUUCCUUCACCAAUCAUCUCCGCCAACUUUAAAUCGACGAGGAGAUUUUCGACCCUUGCGACCACAAACAUACACUCCAAUUGACGCUCUGUUGACUAACACAUAUCAACAACAUCAACGAUUAUCGCCUGUUAUGAUCGACAUCCAACGAAACCAUAUGAAUUAUCAGCCUGAAACGCAACCUCUCGCAACCCUUUCUGAAGCGGACCGUUACUUUUUGGAAGAAAAAAUGGACUCCCUCUAUAUACAAGGUGCCAUCCGGCGGAAUGCAAAUACGCCAUCCAGUCUGACGCGAAAUCAAUCUAGUAGCAGCAACAAUACCGAACGUUACUAUCUAGAGAAUGAAAACAUCGAUGCAAUCUAUAACUUCUGUCACAACACGGCAGGGGUCGCAGCUCUCAACGCGCACAACUCCUCUUUGAAAGCAUCUUCCAGUCAUAAUGACUGUCUAGAUUCUAGUUCCCCUAACCUAUUACGACGAGCAUCCAGUCCAGACACCAGUGGAUCAGAUCGAUACUUAAUCGAGAGAAUUCGAGGGUCACCUGGGUAUCACGGGAGAAACGGAUGCCUUUCGCAACAGAUGAAGGUCUCGACAACAGAUUUCGUGGAUGGAAGGAUGCACAGCUCUAAGUCACAACAUUUCAGUGAUGGACUAAAGCGAUACGGGCGUUUUUCGCCUAGUUUGGAUCAAGGAUAUCACACGCUGGUUUCUCCGUCUCCAUCUGGUCAUCAACAAUCUUCCAUUCCGGCCUCAUGGAACACGAUAGCUCCAAGUGGCAAUUCGUUAUCAGCUAAUACUACGGGUUGUUUGAACAGCAGCGCACACCUCAACAACGUCGUAAAUAGCGAUGGGCUAAACGGCGGCAGCAGCGCUUUAUUCCGAUCUGGUCCAAUAUUCGACCGAUUGUCCGAUGAAUUGAUAACUAAAGUCUUCGAAUGGUUAGACAGCAGUGAUUUGUGCAAUAUAGCUCGAGUAUGCAAACGAUUUGAGAUGGUUAUUUGGAAUCAAACGCUUUGGAAUGUUAUUAAAAUCAAAGGGGAAAAUAACAGUGGAGAUAGAGCCAUUAAGACAAUUCUAAGGAGACUUUGUGGUCAAACUCGUAACGGUAUUUGUCCAGGUGUAGAACGCGUGCUAUUAAGCGACGGCUGUAGACUAACGGAUAAAGGUCUUCAACUAUUGUCACGAAGGUGUCCUGAAAUUACGCAUUUGCAAGUUCAAAAUAGUGUAGCGAUUACAAAUCAGGCCUUGUUCCAUUUAGUAACAAAAUGUACGAACCUUCAACAUUUGGAUAUAACCGGAUGUGCACAAAUCACAUGUAUAAAUGUAAAUCCUGGGCUAGAGUCACCACGACGUUUACUGCUGCAGUAUCUAGACCUUACAGAUUGUGCUUCUAUAUCGGAUUCUGGGCUUAAGAUAAUCGCCCGAAACUGUCCGUUGCUAGUGUAUCUCUAUUUGCGACGAUGUAUUCAAAUUUCUGAUGCCGGUCUUAAGUUUAUCCCUAACUUUUGCAUAGCUUUACGGGAACUGAGUGUCUCUGACUGUACCAGCAUUACCGAUUUCGGACUUUAUGAACUGGCAAAACUUGGUGCUACGUUACGUUACCUUUCGGUGGCUAAAUGUGAUCAGGUUUCAGACGCAGGUCUGAAAGUAAUUGCACGCCGGUGCUAUAAGAUGCGAUAUCUAAAUGCUCGCGGUUGCGAAGCCGUAAGUGACGACUCAAUCAAUGUUCUGGCUAGAUCAUGCCCUCGACUGCGAGCGCUCGAUAUCGGAAAAUGCGAUGUUAGUGAUGCCGGUCUCCGAGCACUUGCAGAAAGCUGUCCUAAUCUGAAAAAGCUCAGUUUACGCAAUUGUGAUAUGAUUACUGACCGAGGAAUUCAAUGCAUAGCCUAUUACUGUCGAGGACUACAGCAGCUAAAUAUUCAGGACUGCCAAAUUUCAAUUGAAGGCUAUCGAGCCGUAAAAAAAUACUGCAAAAGAUGUGUAAUCGAACAUACGAAUCCGGGAUUUUGCUAGCAUUUUGUAAUAAAUAAUAGUUAUGCUCUUUCUAAACUUUUGAAACGUGUAGUAAAUUGUUCUUAGCUUUCGAUAAUAGUUAUGCUCUCUUCAAACUACUGAAAUGUGUAGUAAAUUGUUCUUAGCUUUCGAUUGAAUAGUUUUGCCAAAAACAUUAAAAAUUGUUAUUAACGCUAUUUAAAGAGAUCAUUAUUUUAUUGUGAGUGAUAUAAUAUCUAUUAAUUGUAUGUACUAACUAUAUAAUGUAGUCUAUAUAUAAUUUUAUUUAUGUAGUUCU